GUUUCCCUCUCUGUCUCUGACUCUUUUUUCUCUUUACCUCUGUCUUCUGUUUGUGUCAAGUGUGCAAAAUCUACUUUUCUUUUUUUCACUUUUUGGUUUUCCUUUUUGCUGAGGUACUUUCCAUUUUACUGGGUUGCUUUUGUAUCUGCUUAAUUUAUAAGGCAGUUAAGAAUGAGGAGCUGUUUUUAAAUAAAUGAGAUUACUUUGAGUGGGAAAAUAAAAUAGAAUGCCAAUAACAGUAAAAUAUAAUGCUUAUUUGUUUAAAUAUUUAUUUAUUCUGAGAUUGGGAAGGGAACAAAGGAAAAGACAGAAGAUAUAACGUCAGAACAAGCUAGCCCGUGUUGAGUUGGGUUGGGUUAUGGUUUUGAAAUGGGUGGAGCGAGGACUUCAAAGGGAUCGCUUCUCUCAUCCACAUCUCUCUCUCUCUCCUCUCUUUCCUUCUCUCUCUCCGGUUCAUGUAUCUCACAGGAAUUCAGUUUGGUUUAUUUGUACGUAUUUGUUUGGAUUUAUUGACGAAGUUUCUUGGUGUUAGCAGCUAGCUAGCUAGCAAGCAAGCAAGCAGAGAGGGGUUGUUUCAAUCACAGCCGUGCGCGGUGAGUGGUGGCUGCAAGAUGAUUAAAAGUUUUAUUGUGGAUGAGAACAUGUCCAAUUUGACCUCUGCAUCUGGCGAAGCAAGUGUUUCCUCUGGCACCAGAACUAUAGAAACUGGCAACAACAACAUGUACCCGCCACCACCGCCACCCAAGAAGAAGAGAAAUCUCCCAGGCAAUCCAGACCCAGAUUCAGAAGUGAUAGCUCUAUCUCCUAAAACCCUCUUGGCCACAAAUCGGUUCAUAUGCGAGAUCUGCAACAAAGGGUUUCAGCGUGACCAGAACCUGCAGCUGCACAGGCGAGGGCAUAACCUGCCAUGGAAGUUGAAGCAGAGAUCGAACAAGGAGGUGAUAAGGAAGAAAGUGUACGUGUGCCCGGAGCCCACGUGCGUCCACCACGACCCAACCAGGGCUCUGGGCGACCUAACCGGCAUCAAGAAGCACUUUUGCAGAAAGCACGGUGAGAAGAAAUGGAAAUGCGAAAAGUGCUCUAAGCGCUAUGCUGUUCAGUCAGAUUGGAAAGCCCAUUCCAAAGUUUGUGGCACAAGAGAGUAUAGAUGUGACUGCGGCACCCUCUUCUCUAGGAGGGAUAGCUUCAUAACCCACAGGGCUUUCUGCGACGCUUUAGCAGAAGAGAGUGCAAGAUCAGCACAACCAAUGAACCCACUUCUCUCCACACAGCCUCAGCUCAACAGCCAUGGCUUCCAACCUCCUUUGUCACUGAAAAUAGAACAAUUAGAUCAACACCAAGAACACAACAUGAGCAUCAUCAACAAUGUUCAUCCACCAUGGUUAGCAGAAGCCGGGCCAGGCCCCCCACUGCCUUACACCACCACAGCCCAUGAUCUCUCCUCCCCAAUACUGUCCUUCUCCGCAAACCUAGACCACCAGCCAUUCCUGCACUCCCAAAACCCUAAUCCUAACUCCCACAUGUCCGCCACCGCAUUGCUCCAAAAAGCAGCGCAAAUGGGUGUGGCCAUGAGCAAGCCUUCCCAUCACCAAUCUCCAUCUCCAUCUCCAUCUCUUAUGCUCAGACCCCACCAGUUCCAACCUCAUCACAUGUCUGCAGUAGCUGCUGCUGCUGCAUCGGCAGCUUCUGGGGUGGGUUUGUCUUCACGUGAAGAGAUGGGAAGCAGUGAUGGGUUUGGUCACUACGGGCUGGCGUCUUUUGGAAAUAAAGCUGCUGCAGGAAGUAGCAGUACCACUCCUACUGCGUUUCCUCAUGAUAUGAUGAUGGCUUCUUUGUCGUCUGCGAGCUGUGUGUUUGGAGCUGCUGGAGGCUUUGAGGAGGACUUACAUGGAGUGUUGAACCCAAAACCAGACGGUGGGUUCGGUGGCGAAGGCGGUGUCGGUAGCGGUGGCAGCAGCGGCGGUGAUGGGUUGACGAGAGAUUUCUUGGGGCUCAGAGGGUACUCGCAUGAAGACUUCGUUGACAUGGCUGGGCUUCAUCACAUGAAUUCUUCUUCAUCUUCGUUCAAACAGCAGAGUCAGAAUCAAACACCUUGGCAAUAAUUAAGGUUAGCUUUUUUAAUUUAAUUGCUGGGUUAACUAAAUAAUUACCCAGCUCUAGCUAGCUUCUUCUCUAUUCAAUUUUCAUCCAGAGAGAGAGAGAGAGAGAGAAAGAACGGGAGAGAGAGAUUUUCAGUGCUGCAUAGACUGUGUGGUUGCUGUUAGAGGAUCUUCUGGUGACCUGUUUGGAUCAGUUUGCAUUUUCUUUUCCAGUUUAAUUAGGUUGCUUUGAUUAAUAAUUUUUGUUCUUCAGAACCAUUAUCUGUUUUUUUUUUUUUAAUAUACUAUAAAAACAGAUGCUAUUGCAAUGAACAAGGCAAACCCAUCUCAUUAA